AUGACGACUCAACUCCUGCUUCUACUCCUAUCAGCAUGCAUCGGUCUCGAUGCUCUUGUGCGUGUUCCUAUGUAUAAAACGACCUAUGAACGAAGCGCAUACAAAGCAAACUCGAUUGCUGAAUAUUUGAAACAGAAAUAUAUCAAGGGCUACAAAUUCGACUCAAACCUUGCCUACAAUGAGGGCCUUUCUGACUAUUCAAAUGCGCAGUACUAUGGUACAAUCCAGAUUGGAACCCCUCCUCAGACAUUCCAAGUACUUUUCGACACUGGAUCCUCCAAUUUGUGGGUCCCGUGCAAAGGUUGCAAAGCGUCUGAUUUAGCUUGCGAUUUUCAUCAGAAGUUCGACUGCAAAAAAUCCACAACUUGUACCGAGACAGGACAGCCAUUCGAGAUUCAGUACGGAUCGGGUUCCAUGGCAGGAGUUGUCGAUAACGACAUCGUCUGUUUCGGAUCCGACCACACCUGGUGCACCGAUAAGACACAAGGGCUAGCCUGCGCCACGCAAGAACCAGGAAUCGCCUUCGUCGUGAGUUGA